ACGUCACCCAGUGCCAACUGCCAGCCAACGGGGCUCUGUGGUCGGGCUGCUCUUUCUAUGGGAGGAAAAGCACUUUUCUCCGUCACCGCGGCCUCCGUACGUUUUUUUUCAUAGUGAGUACGUGAAACAUACGUCAACUACGAGUAACGGGCCUUCGGCCGUUGCUUUUUAACGUAACGCGCGCGAUUUUCCAUAAGAUUGGCCAUCAAUCUCCCGUCUUCUCGUUGAUUUGUGAGAGAGAGACUGACAUCGAGAGAAGUUAAUAAUCGUCUAUUGUCAGUAAACAAGAGAGCGAGAGAGAAAGAGAUAGACGGAGAUCUGAGUCAUUCGUUAGUUAACAUACACACACAGCAUAGUCGACGUCACAUAACCGCAGCUAUAAAUAUGUUUAUUUGGGAUUGGUUCGCUGGAGUGCUGAAUUAUCUCGGACUAUGGAAGAAGAGUGGCAAGCUUCUCUUCCUAGGUUUGGAUAACGCGGGCAAAACUACAUUGCUUCAUAUGCUCAAGGAUGAUCGUUUAGCUCAACAUGUACCCACAUUACAUCCAACAUCUGAAGAAUUGUCUAUUGGAAAUAUGAGAUUUACGACUUUUGAUCUUGGGGGUCAUACUCAAGCACGUCGCGUAUGGAAGGAUUAUUUCCCAGCUGUCGACGCGAUAGUGUUCCUCGUCGACGCAAGUGACAGAACAAGAUUACCAGAAUCAAAAGCCGAGUUGGAUGCAUUGUUAACUGAUGAGCAACUCAGCGCGUGUCCGGUUCUUGUACUAGGCAAUAAAAUUGACAAACCAUCCGCGGCUUCUGAAGAUGAACUCAGAAACUUCUUUAAUCUGUAUGGACAAACAACAGGAAAGGGUAAAAUUGCUCGCAGCGAGAUACCCGGCCGUCCGCUGGAACUGUUUAUGUGCUCAGUUCUGAAACGGCAGGGAUAUGGGGAAGGCUUCCGUUGGCUUGCACAGUACAUCGAUUGAACGUACAUAUUAUUAUACACAUGACAGAUUCUCAACAGUUCCAUCAUUUCCCUUUCCUAUGGUACCGGUAUCGCUACCGGAGUCUUCAUAUGAAUUCAGCAGUAGGAGAGGAAACAUCGUUCAUCGGAAAAAAAACAAAAAAAAAACAAAAAAUGAAACAGUAACCGAAAUUUAAGACAAUUUUCACAAAUAGAGACACGAGACAAAUAUUCUCGAGAACAUACAUGCAAAGGAUAAGACGGAUUUCCUUUCUUUGACGUUGGUAUGCAUGAAAAGCCCAUAAACAUCAUCUUUUUUUUAAUAUUUCGAAUCCUAGACGGAUUCUAUGGGAGCCUAUCACUUUGCGAGUCACAUUAAGGGAAUGAUCAUUAAUACAUGCUGAAAAAUGAAAUAAAAACAUUUUGAUAAAAUAAAACUAAUAAACUAUUUAAGAA